UAUCAUGUUCAUUUUGAAAAUGGACAACGUAUUUUUGGUCCUAAUGAUCCUGAUUUUCUUGAAAAUUCAGCAUAUGAUGACGUUAAAGCAAAAGAAAUAUAUAUCAGCAAUUUACCGAACAAUGUUUUCGAAAAUGAAUUGCUGCCAUUUCUAUGUCAAGCUGGCCCCAUUUACCAAGUACGAUUGUUGGUAACAUUUUCUGGUGCAAGUAAACGACAAGCAUAUGUCAUAUUUGGCACUGUCGAUGCUGCAAAUCGUGCCGUACAAUUAUUGAAUGGUCAAACAUUACGAUCACCGAAUAAUCCACCAGUGCAUGUGGAAUUUUCUGUUAAUAAUAAACGUCUUCAUAUUUCUGGUAUACCGAAUUCAAUUCAAUCAUCGAAUCAAUUACGACAACAAUUGCGUUUAUAUUAUGUGAAAAAUAUUCAAUUUCCAUUACCUGCUCAAAAUAAUUAUGAUCCAACAGCAUUUAAUGGGAUGAUAAAUGGUUUGAUCAAUUUUGAAUGUGAUCGAAAUUUACAAGCAAUCAUUGAAUUCGGUGAUCAUGCAACAGCUGCAAGUGCACGACGAUCAUUCGUUGCUGGAUUGAUAAAAAUUCAUGGCCAUACAUUACAAGCAAAAUGGGCUGAACCAAAUAAUAUUAAUGGCAAUAAUUAAAUGGCUUUCAAUUUUUUUAUUUUAUUUUAACUAUUUUUCUUUUUGUAAUAACUGCCAUCU